AUGAUGCCAAACUCAACUGUAACAUAUACAAUAUUAAAUAAAGAUGAUAUAUUUAGUUUAAAUUCUUCAAUUACAAAAAAUUUUCAUGAACAUGUUAAAAAACCAGAAGAUGAAGAAGCAAAAAAAAAUUUAAAUAUUGAAAUGCCAAUAACAACAAUCAAAAUUGGUUCAAUAAUUGAUGAAAAACCGAUUAAAUCAAUGAAAAUAAUAUUAACAAAUGCAAAAACAAUUGAGAAAGAUAUUAAAAUGCAUUUAAAACGAGUAUUAACAAUAAGUUCUUUUAAUUGUCUUAUUUCAGUAUUAAUUUGUACACAAACAGAAGCUAAACUUUAUAAAGCUUUUAUUGUCGAUGCAACUUCAGCUAAGAUAUUUUAUCAAAGAAAAAAACUUUCCAGUUUCAUUAUGAAAACAUGA